CACACAUGUAACGCGGUACCGAGAGUGACACGGACUUCUGAGUGUCGCCGAGCUGUGUUGUAUUCAACUGACUGGCUCGUCUGGGUUUAGCUCACGACGCUAGCUGCUCCUGUCACUUCAUGUCGCGUUUAAAUGCGACAGCUAUGAAUUACAAUGCAUUUGUGAGCGUUGAUAAGACUUUUCGUUGCGAUCGAAAGCUGCACGAGCCUCCACCAAAUACGACCAGAGUCCACUGAAACUAGUGACCUUUAAUUUGUGGCCAGUUUGAGCCUAGUGCGCAUGCGUGUCGACUCUCUUGCAGCUCCAGGUGUGUCGGGACCCCCUGGUAAGCCUCUCAUAGGUGAAGGUCAUGCCAGUCCCAGCCAUGACUGAGCCUGCCAUCGAUCACCAGAGACGCUUCCAGGCUGCUGUGGACGUCAUCCAGAACCUCCCCAAGAAUGGCUCCUAUCGGCCGUCCUACGAAGUCAUGCUGCGCUUCUACAGUCUCUAUAAACAAGCGGUGUGUGGACCCUGUACACUGCCUCGACCUGCUUUCUGGGACCCAGUGGGCCGCUACAAAUGGGAUGCUUGGAGCCACCUGGGAGAGAUGAGCCAGGAGAGUGCCAUGGAAGCAUAUGUGAAUGAGAUGAAGAAAGUCGCUCAAGAGGUCAUCAACAACGUGCCCAUGAAUGAGAAGACGGCGCUACUGUUGCACCACUUUGAGCCGCUGUACUUGGUGAUAGACGACAUGCCUCGUCCUCCUGAGUCUCUAAUCUCACUCAGGGAAGAACUUCAGGAGAGUGAUGAGGUGAGCGAUGGGCAUGUGCUGAUGACCAAUGAGGAGGCGGACCAAGUGAAACCGGAUCUCAGGGAGGUUGUGAGUCAGACGUCCAGCAGCCUCCCUGAUGACUCUGGAGUCUGUGACGGUUUGUUUGUGACCAGCGACUCUGAGAGUGAAGUCUUCUGUGACUCAGUGGAUUCUGUGGAGGAACUUGUCAGCGUCAAGAUGCCAGUAUUCAAGUCCAAUGGCCUUCAAAAUGGCCACAGUUCCCUCGAGUCACCCCUGUUAGAAGACCACCACCUGGAAGGCAGGCUGAUGCUCCGGCAGGUGGGGGCGGGGCAGGGCGGAGAAGGCGGCGAGGACGGGAAAGGUCAUGGACCUCACCGGACCCAACGAGGCGCUCCGCGUCAGAGUUCCCACCCUAACUGGAGAGAUCGAGGCGUACCUCAGGGCCGACCCCGGCAGGGGGUUGCGGGAGAUGCUGGCGCCGCUGGGCAAGGUGGAGGCGACGGUUCUGAGGGAGGCGCUGAGCGCCUGCAGGAUGGUCAGCUUCAACAGCAGAUCAUUCUGGCUCUGCGGAGACUGAGGGAGGACAUGAGAAGUGUGAUGGACCGGCUGGAGGUGGUGGAGAGGCUUGCUGCCACACAUGUCCAGGGGUCUGAGUGGACUCAGUGUCUUCGCUGUGCAGCAAAACAGCAGGAGGACAGCUGGUGGCCCUUCGACGUGUCGGGCCAGACAAUGGUUCUCUUCCUGCUCUGGCCGUUCGUGGCGCAAGGCGUGGUCUACCUGCUGAAAAAAGCCCAUGAGAAAAAGCGACUAGCACCCUGAGGUGCGGAUCAGGACCUCCGGACUUUUCCUCACGACAGGUCCUCUCCCUCAGUGGUGGGAGAAGAUUAUGGAUUUGGUUCUGUUGGACCGAAAUGAGCCUACGUGCUCAGUAGGCAGAAAUGAAUGCUAAUAAUUACAUAAAUACAGACAUUACAGACGAACACUCUACAUGUUCGGAGAUGAAUAAAUCAUGUCAGGGUCAAAACGUGUCCGCUACUGUGUGUGACAGAAAGCCAGGGUCUGAAUCAACUUUGGGGUGACGUGUGAACACACAUAAGGGGGACACAAACAAUUGCCAAAUCCAUGACUCUUGCCAGCUUACAAAAUUGAUCCGGUUGCAUUUGUGCAAAGUCCAUGCUCAUGAGCACUGAGACAGAAGGAGAGCGAGCUGGUGUGGAAACAGAAGAUCACAAAUGUAAAAAACAAAAAAAUGUCAUGGAGGAUUGUUUUAUUUUAGAUCGCCACAUGACCCCACAUGCUCACACGUCGCUCUGGACACUGUUAAAGAAGGAGAGUCACAGUCACAGUCCCAGUGGGAGACUUUAAUUUAGAGUUGAAUUAAUAAGUAAAGAAACAAGAGACAGGAGCAGAGUAAAAUGCCAUGAAAUAAAAAUGUGGUUCUGCCAAACAAGCCAAUAGAAAUGCAGGCGGGUCUGUGUGGGACAGGGCCCACCUGAUUCUGGAGUCCACUUCUGUCUUCACACAUCAGGCAGAUAUGAGCUGAACAACUCUUACAUCCUACCACGGCCAACACUUUUUUUCUUUUAGUAAUUGGAACUUAUUUCAAACUUGCAGUCACAGCCUCCUGUUGCUGGAUAUGAUGAACCACAUGAGGAGGACGUUCUGAGGCCCCUCAGUGACGCAAGGUUCCGCUCCUCAGUGAGUUACUGAGGGAAUCUGUUGGAACAGAACCAGCGUAUUCACAUAUUUAUAACCUCCUGAGACUCAGGGCCCUCAGAUGUCAUUAUAGUCUUCCCUUUCUUCACCAUGAGGACUCAUUUUUUAUAGCUACAUUUACAACUUACAGCUGCACUGUCUUGCAGUAACAUUGCAUAUUUUUCAACAUAUGUGUAAGUGCAGUGGGAAGUUGGUCCAUCCUUACCUGAAGCGUCUUGUAUUCCCGGCUUGCCGAUGUUGGACAGCAGGUAGAUGAUGUUGGGGACGACAGGCAAGUUAAGACUUUCCUCCAGGGCCUUCAAACACACAUGGGACAAUCAUAAAGUAUCUUAAAAGCCACUCAUUUUGGCUUAAACUUGACACUCAUUGAGAGGGAUGGACUUCAGGCUGAGUGGUUCCACAGCACACGACGGCCCCAGGACCACUCCCCGGCAAACAUGGCUGGAGACAUGGAGCUGGGUCCAAUGUGGCUUUAAGGACUCAACCCUCUCCACAAAGGAGGUUUUGUUUUUGUUUGCAAUAAGCUCAAAAUGGGUGAAUGGAUUUCAACCAAACUUUCCAAAACAAAUGCGUUACAUUUUGGUGUUUCACCAUCGUGACUGGAUGUAUGAUUGAGAUGCUCUUGCUCACUUGUGCAGUGCAAGUGAGUUCUGUAGCACUGCUGCCACCUACUGUCCAAUUUACCUCACUGCUAUCAACAGUUUUUCAAAUGCUAAUAAAAGUAUUGAAUUAUAUUGACCA